AUGGCCCUCCUCGCCACGACCCCACUCCUCGCGCCGCUCGCCCUCUCCCCGGCCCCGAUCUCCGCCUCCCAGAGCUCCCUCCUCUUCCUGCGCGCCCCAGCCCCCGCCCUCCUCUCGCUCCGCUCCGCCUCCCCCGGCGCCCGCCUCCUCGCGGCCGUCGCGUCCAAGGAGCCCGAGCUCGGCGGCGGCGGAUCGGGAGGCGGAGACGGUGCGGGAUCUGGGGGCGGAGGCGGCGGGGGAAGCAACCCGCAGGGAGGCGGGGACGAGGGGGAGGAGGAGAAGAUGGGGGAGGGGCUCUCCAUGUCGCAGAAGCUCACCCUCGCCUACGCCGCGCUCGUCGGAGCUGGUGGCGUAAUGGGUUACAUGAAGAGCGGAAGCCAGAAGUCAUUGGCUGCAGGAGGCAUAUCAGCCCUGGUGCUGUUCUUCGUUCACACUCAACUACCAGUGAGACCCGUCUUUGCGUCAGCGAUCGGGUUAGGUAUAUCGGCUGCACUGCUGUCAGUCAUGGGGUCUCGCUUCAAGAAGUCCGGAAAGAUAUUCCCAGCCGGCGUCGUGUCCCUCCUUUCCUUGGUCAUGGUCGGAGGCUACGCCCAUGGGAUUAUGCGUAGCUCGCAUGCGUGA